GAGCGUCUUCAACUGUGUGAGUGAUAAAAGUGUGCCCGGCAAUCAGUCUGGGGCAGGGAAAUAAUAUAAAAGUGACCAGAGAGAAUUAGAGUUGAUAAAGAGGCAAUCAACUUUUACGGAGUUGAUUAUCACUGGGCGAACACAAGUUCACACACUUUCAAUUUUGAAUCCAAUUGCGUCGCCCGUGGCGUGAGGAAUUUCCCAAGAGUGUCUCUUAUUUGUGGAGUGAUUUUUGGUUGGAAGAAUCUGACUGGCGAUGAAGAAGAUUUGUCAAUUGUGAGACAGCAUUUAAAGGAAAGCAUCUUGAAAUGAAAGGUCGAGGAGAGAAAUAAUAUCAAGACACUUCGAUUAUCUUUAUUGCAGCCUCGUGAUUACCAAUUUAUCUCUCUCUCUCUCUCUGUGUAAUAAUAAAAUAAAACUCUUGUCACAUGAAUUUUCGGGAGAAAAAUCAAACUCCAUUUUCUGUCCUUGGGCGAAGGAAAAGAGUUCUUCUAUAUUGCAAACGGGUUUGUGCAGUGCAAACAGAAGAGAAGAAUUAUUAUACUGCAAUGUUAUUGUCAAUAUUUGCCUGUUUACACUUUAUAGGGGUCUGUAAAGAUAUGACUUAGGAGAUUUAAAGAUAACAAUAGUGUGUGGUUUAAGAUGUCCUCUAAACAUAAACAAACCAAGUCAUUAGGUGAAAAGUGUACAGCAAGAAAGGACUUGUUAUCUUGGCUGUUGAAAUCCACACACAUCAGUUUGUGAUAAGAAAAUGUGACACGAUGAAAAUGCACCUGAAAAUGCGUCACAAGUUGAUUCUCUAAUAAUCACAUGACCUUCCCAAGAUUGUUUGAGAAGGUAAGAAAAGAAAAAAAAAGAGUGGGAAAAUGAUAAGAAAGCGUGAGUCUCUCUCUCAAAUAAGUUUUUAAGUGUGGAUUUUUAGAUAAAUUACAUUUACAAUUGAUUGUAAUAAUGAAUCACUGGCAAAUGAGCGGUUGAAGGUGAAAUUGGAGGUAGAGAGAAAAAAAAUGCCAAAUUGGGAGUGUAAUUUGAAAUAAUUCGAUUGACGUCAAAGUGAUGAGAUGUUUUGGGGCUGGGAAAUUAUUCAAUUGAUGAUAUAUAACUCCGUCAAUGGCAUCAAAUCUUCUUCAUUUUCUCAACACACCCGCGCGAAGCCGUACGCAUUGAAAAUGUGAAUUGAGCAGUGAGUGAAGAAGAGAGAGAGAGAAAAGAAGGCCAGUUAAUGUAUGUGAAGGCGAAAAAAAAGUUCUUCGCAACUCUCAGGGGUCAUUGGAGUGCAGUGAGUGAAGAAAUACGAAUAAAUUUCCACUUGUGCGCGUGAAAAAAGAAGAGAAGAAGUGUGAAGAAAAACAAGGACGGAAGAGUGACGAAGUGUCGGUGAAAUUUAGAAGAGGAGAAACUCCUCGCCAAACAUUUGUGUUUUGUGUGACAAUUGUGUGUGUGUGUGAUUUCGCAGAGUUCUUGUGUUCGUCCUGAGAGGAACAAUUGCGGGAAAGGGCGAAAUAUCACGUGACAGCAGGGAAUGGUGUAUUUGGUGGAUAGUUGGGGCAUGGGAGAUUCUGAUUGUGCGCCAUAUCACAAGCAUGGUCCAAAAAUACAGCAACAUCAUCACACGGGCUUCCAUCAGCAGCAGCAGCAGUUGCAUGAGAAGCAGCACUUGGUGUCUGUUGUGAAGAAUGAUCGUGUUAAGGCGUCGAGAUCACAAUUAGCCGUCAAUGAUGUUGCCAAUGAAAAGGACGAGAUUGCCAUUCAUCCACUCACGAAUCAGGUCGGAGGACACACGCGACUCUUGCUGCUGAAUCAGAGUACAGUGAUCAAGCCGCUGAACAUUCGUGAAUUGGAUUUCUAUCAGAACAUUCCGCAAGAUGUUCAAAUGUUUGUUCCCAAAUACAAAGGUGUUCUGCAAGCAACAACAACGGGCGGCAUGAAGUUCGACAAGCGCUACUCGCCGAGCUUUCGCGAUGACUCGACGCGGAAGAAUGGCAGCGGAGCGCCGAAGAGGAAGCGCGAAGAUGUUCUCCGGAUGAAAAUACAUAAAAAUGGGAAUGCUGCUGAUGUAAUAAAAAGUAUUUCACAUAUAGACAACUCCAACAAGCAAUAUUAUCUCAUGCUGGAGAACAUCACGUCGCAGUUCCGGCAGCCGUGCAUCCUGGAUCUGAAGAUGGGCACGCGGCAGCAUGGCGACGAUGCGUCGGCGGAGAAGCGAACGAAGCAGAUCGCCAAGUGUGCCGCCAGCACGUCAGCGUCACUGGGCGUGCGCCUGUGUGGCAUGCAAGUGUACCAAGCGCGCUUUGAUCAGUACAUGAAGAAGGACAAGUACUUCGGGCGUGAGCUGAACGAGGAGGGCUUCAAGCAGGCGCUGAGCAACUUCUUCCACAACGGAUGCGUGCUGCGCACGUCGGUGAUCAUGAAAGUGAUCCAGAGGCUGGCGCAGCUCAGGCGAGUCAUCGAGAAGCAGUCCAGCUACAGAUUCUACUCAUGUUCUUUGCUGGUCGUGUACGAGGGAAGUGACGAGAUCGCCUCGAUUGAUCCCAUGGACGCUUGCUACUCGCUGGAGAACUGCUGCAUCGAUCCGGAAGAGACAGCGUCAACUGUCUCUUGUUGCUACGAUGCGGACGCCUCGACGGACUCCGUGGACAUCAAUCUGUCGUCGUCGCACGAGGAUGAGCACAGUGCUGACAAUGUGGCGCCGAGUGUGUCGACGGAUUUGCACCAUCGCGGCUUUGGCGAGGCGGCGGCCAGAGGCUCCUUCAUUCCCUUCUCCGAGGACGCACUGGACUCGAGCGGCGACCAGAUGAUCGACAGCUCCAGUCCCACGUCCAACGACUCGUGGAUGAACUACAGCAGCCACAGCAGCGACGACUACUCCUUCCUCAUUGACGACGUGGACGACGUGAGUGGUGCGGACAAGAAGAGGGGCUCGCCGAUGAAGAACAAGCGCAACCGCGAGGAGCUGCAGUUCCACCAGGAGCUGGACGAGGAUGACGAGGUGGCGCGUGCGGAGGCGCGCAUCCUGGAGACGCCCAAGAGGCGGCGGAGCCGCGAGAGGUGCUCGUCGCCGCUGGUGGACGUGCGAAUCAUCGACUUCGCGCACACGACGUUUGGGCGCAAGAACAGCGCCGGCGCCGUGGUGAAUGGGCCCUCGUCGUCGGCGGCCGUGCAUCACGGGCCCGACUGUGGCUUCCUCACGGGCCUGGACAGCCUCAAGCGGCUCCUCAUGGAGAUCGUGAAGGAGGAGCACUGACCCUUGGCGCCGCGCGCGGACGCGUUCCGCGUGGCGUCCUUCUAAGGCGCCGCCAGCACCAGUUGUGGGAAUCCCAGUGAUCAAGAAUGCAUUUCUAGGGCAUACAGCGUGCGUGCGUGCGAGAGAGAGAUGGAGAAAAUGUGUUAUUUUUCUAGUUGAGCAUUGGAAAAAGAGGAAAAUGCGUCCACACUUGGACAGGAGCUUUUCCUCAGCAAUUGCAACAUCGUGAAACGAAGGUGCGCCGAUAUUCUUUGGUGUCUACUUAAAAAAGCCCAGAGCGCACGAUAAUCUCUGAACCUUCAAUCCUUCAACGUUGUCAAACAACAUCCUUAUUUUGUGCAGUGAAGGAAUUGUACUUUUUGAAGGUGAAGAAGUAAUCGAAGAAUUUUUUUCUCUUGACUUGAGAAAUUCGACAAAUUUCUCAUUCAACUAUUUUUGUCAAUAACAACAAAAAAAAAUGUGUAAUUUAUUUGAAUGCGUAGCAAAAGAGAAAAAUCCAUGAAAAGUGUUAUAGGAAAAAUAAGGGAGAAUUCAAGAACAAAAAAUAAAAUUGUGAGAGAUUCAUAGAAUAUUUUUCAAAGAGUGUGUAUUUUAGAGUUAAAAGGAAUUUAAGAGGAAGAGAGAGAAAGUAAGAGUAGAGCUGAAACAUUCCAGAAAGUUGUUCAGCGAGUUGAAUCUUUGCAAACACUAAGAAAAAAAUUGUAUAUAACUAACAAGAAGAAGAAAAAAAACAAGUUUUGCUGUUCUUUCGGUAGAAAAAUGCCUCGUAAGAGAUUUUCAAGUGAGAAAUCAAAUGUUUUCAAUAGAAUUUGAAAAUGAAUAAAAUAUGUUGUUUUUUUUUUGAGAAGAAAUCUAACCAGUAUUCUUGACAUUGAGAGUUUUUUUUCUUUUCAGGAAAAGUGCAAAGUGAGAGAAAAUUCACUGUGAUUUCAUUGCGGUGCAAUAAUUGUGAUUAUUUUGCAAUUUUUGGCCAAGCUCUCAAAGUUAAAUAUCAAAACUACAAAAUUUCACAGUGAAUUCGUCUCGAUUUCUGCGGAAAAAAUGUAGCGCAAAGCGCAACAGAAAUACGCUAUUAUUUUGUGAAUUGAGAAAUGGUGGAAAAGGAAGAAAUGAGAUUAGAAUUCAUUUCACUUCUCAAUGACCAAUUUGCAGAUUUUAUUUCUUCCUUUUGCCUUUCUCCUGAGAGAGAGAGAGAGUGUAAAUUGAAGGAAAAGAAGGAAAACUUACAAAGGUGGAAAAAAGAUGUGAAAGUCGUGGAAGGAUGUAUUUUUGUGUGUAAAUAAAGAUGAAUUUAGGAAAACACUAAUAAAA